GCUUUUAAUACAAAAAAGUUUCGAAAGCAUCAAACUCACGUUUUUGUAAAUUUAAUUUUAAAAAGAUUAAUUUCUCGUGUAAAUCACAAUUCUAUUGAGCAGUUUCCUACUAUAAUUAAAUAAGUACAUCAUGGGUAGACCACCAUUUACACCACGCGGUGCAGGAGGAAGAGGUGGACGUGGAGGAUCCAGAGGAAGUUUUGGAGGUGGUGGGGGUCGUGGUGGAGGAUCCAGAGGAAGUUUUGGUAGAGGUGGGGCAGGUGGAGGAAGAGGGGGUCCACCAAGAGGAGGCAGGGGUGGUAGAGGAGCUCCAGGGGGUAGAGGAGGACGAGGUGGGGGUGGAUUUAAAGGAGGAAAAGCUGUUACAGUUGAACCACAUCGUCAUGAAGGAGUUUUUGUUGCUAGAGGAAAGGAAGACGCACUUGUCACACUUAAUCUCGUCCCAGGAUCAGAAGUCUAUGGCGAAAAACGUAUUUCUGUUGAGACUGAUGGCGAAAAGAAAGAAUAUCGCGUUUGGAAUCCAUUCAGAUCAAAGUUGGCAGCAGCAAUUCUUGGAGGAGUUGAGAGCAUUUACAUGGGACCUGGUUCAAAAGUUUUAUAUCUCGGAGCAGCCUCAGGUACAACCGUUAGUCAUGUUAGUGAUGUAGUCGGACCAGAAGGCUUAGUCUAUGCUGUUGAAUUCUCACACCGUUCAGGACGUGAUUUAAUUAAUGUCGCAAAGAAACGAACGAAUAUCAUACCAAUUAUUGAAGACGCUAGACAUCCACACAAAUACAGAAUGCUAGUUGGAAUGGUUGAUACAGUUUUUGCAGAUGUCGCUCAACCAGAUCAGGCACGUAUUGUGUCACUCAACUCUCAGCAUUUCCUCAAAAACGGCGGACACUUUGUCAUUUCAAUUAAGGCUUCAUGUAUUGACUCAACUGCCAAGCCCGAAGCAGUAUUUGCAAGUGAAGUAAAGAAACUCCAAGCUGACAAAUUAAAACCUUUGGAACAAGUUACAUUAGAACCAUACGAAAGAGACCAUGCCGUUGUUUGUGGAAUUUUCAGACCACCACCAAAAUAAGAUUAAUAUAAACUUUUUUUUUUAUUAGAAAUUGAAGAAAAAUGAAAAGAUAAGAAAUUAGAUUAUAAGAAUCAUCUUCCUCCUCGUAAAUAUACUUUACCUAUAUUUUUAAUAUAAGUGAAAAAAAAAAAAUCAAAAAAUGCAAAACAUACAGAACGAAUGUUAAAAUAUGAAAUUUUUUAAAGAAAAGUACACAAAUUUCUUGAAAUAAUAAAACAAAAAAGGAUUUUAU